UUACAUUCAGGGUGCCCCAUCCGCCUGCCCUGGCUCCUAACCCACCCUUCGGCUGGCGGGGGCCCGAGGGAGCAGGUGUCCCCACAACCGACCGCCAAGAUGCAGCCACGGCUCUGGCUGGUCUUCAGUGUGAAGCUGGCAGCUCUCUGGAGCAGCUCUGCCCUCCUUCAGACCCCUAGGUCCUUGACAGUUCUAACCAAUCAAAUAGCAAAAGUGUCCUGCGAAGCAAAAACUCUCCCUAAGACCACAGUCAUCAGCUGGCUGAGACAGCGCCGGGGACCCACCAUGGACAAGCACUUUGAGUUCCUGGCCUCCUGGAACCCUUCCAAAGCAGCUGCUACAUACGGUGAAGGGGUGAAGAAGGAGAAUAUAAUCAUGUUUUCAGAUAUAACCCGGUACGUUCUCAAUCUGACGAGCGUGAAGCUGGAAGACAGCGGCACCUACUUCUGCAUGAUGAUCGGGAGCCCUCAGCUGAUCUUUGGGACAGGGACGGAGCUGAGAGUGGUUGACGUCCUUCCUACACCUGCCCAGACCACCAAGAAGACUAUCCUCAAGAAGAAACAGUGCCCAGUCCCCAACCCAAAGGCCCAGAAGGGCCUGACGUGUGGCCUCAUUACCCUCAGCCUGCUGGUGGCCUCCCUCCUGGUUCUGCUGGUGUCCCUGAGUGUGGCGGUCCACCUUCACUGCCUUCGCAGGAAAGCCCGAAUUCGCUUCAUGAAACAGUUUCACAAGUGAUCAGUGCCCACAAUGCUGAUAUCCUGCCACAAAAGGACAGUGCUCAGUAAGAAGCAAGAUCUGGACAAAUGAGAGAGGGUUUCAUUCUACGGUGAGGAGUCCACUGUCUUGCUCAAGCCGUCUGCUUUGAAACGCGCUGCAAGUUCCUGUCUGUGACUUCAUGCAUGGGAACCUCUUGAAUGUUCACCUGGAGACUCACAGAGAGGGCUCCAGAAUCCAGAACCACUCACAGAGUGUGCUGAAGAACCAAGAACUCCCAUCAUGACACCCUUGUGGUUCUUGUACCCUUCUUGGACCGGACCGUGGAUGGUGGCCUUCCAGCCACCAUCUUUGAAAACUGCUUGGUAGGGCAGCAGUUUUGGCUCUUUGGCCUCUAAUGGGAGAGAGCUGGGGGACCAACCCUGGGUCUUCCCAGAGAAGACUGCCCAUCUUCACAGGGAGAAGCCAGCUUGUGACUGAAGCUUCCUGCAAACAGCAGCCUGGGCUCUCGGUGGUCAUCUUAGCGUCCCAGGGCUAAGUCUCUCCUGGGAACCUGUUGGGUCAGGAGACAGACUUCUACUUCAUCUCCUGGCAGGAAGUUCUUAAGCUUUACUUCUCUCUUGUGACUUGGAUAUUUCUCCUCUCAGUGUUUGCUGUUUUUAUGGAAAAUGUCAUGGCUGUAAAAAUAAAGUCCUGUGUUAAAGACA